AUGAACCAAAAUGAUGACGAUGAGGCAAACGAUCCUGGGGAGGGUGACUUCAGUAACAAUAAUGACACCUCGGCGAGCGAAGCAGCCGAGCCUCCAAUUAAGGUUCACAGAGGACUGGAAGACAAUGAGGAAGUAGAGGACACUUUAGACUGGUUACGAGACCAUGGUGUCAAACCUCCGCCUGAUCUAUCUGAUAUUAAAGAGGAAAUAACAGCGACAGAUCAAGAAGGAAGUAUUUCCCCGCCAACAAGUCAAAUGAGAAAUAUUAAUCUCCCAGCAACUGAGAAGAUAAGUACUGUUCCGCAUGCAAUAAGUCAGAUACCAAGUACAACUUCCAAACUUUUACUUCGUUCAACGCGGCCAAAGACAAUUGAUCGGGCUGCAAAUCGAGAUGAAUUGGCAAAUAAGCCCCCUGAUACAUUUUCAAUGCCUUUUAACUCCAAACUUGAAUUUUCUUCUCCUGUUCCAUCAGUGAGUGAGGGGACAACAAGUACCGCUCCGCGUCCAGUAAGUCGGCUACCAAGUAUAACAUUCGAAAUUUUACUUAGGUCAACGUUGCCAGUGACAAGCGACCAUGUUACCACUCGAGAUACAGAGGCGAAUAAGCCCCCUGAAACAUCGUUAAUGCCAUAUCACUCCAAGCCAAGUCCAUCAGAGAAUGAGACAACAAGUAAUGUUCCCCACCCAGCAAGUCUGGUACCAAGUACUAUCCCUCCGUCAACAACGUCCGAAACUUCACCUCAAUCCACCCAACCUCCGGCGACGAAAGGGUUCCCUUAUACUUCGCCAACAUCACGUCACCCCGACUCUAAGACAUUAUCUCAUCCUUUUGUCAGCGAGCAAAUCAAAAGUGUCAAAAAUGGCGCAAAAUCCACUUCAUCGAGCAUGACGCUGGCUGAAUCGCUGUUUAAAGCACCGGAAAUUCAUACUAACUUAUCGUCUAAUGUUUCCACUGACAGAAACAGCGGUCUCACCUCUUCCUCUGCUUUAUUGCCAACCACAGGUAUACCAACUCCCACGUAUACUACUCCUAGUCUAACAAAUCUACAUACUUGUAAGCUACCAAAGCUCAACCCGUGGGAUCCCUCCAUAAGGCACUUGUUGGAGGAUGUCGGUGACGAUCCCGGGUGUAGAAAUGGGUUCCCUGCGCCUGCAUUUGACGUCGUCGCUAACAGACUGGUACUCACAGGAGAGGUAAACGCAGAUGAGGUAGAUUUCAAGCAAGUGAAUGUGGAGACGAUUCAUCGAAAUGACGAGGAUGACAACAAUGUACACUUUAUGAAUCAAGGAAAUCCGUUUACCGGUAACCUGUCCUCCGAUGACUUCAAUAUUUCCAACAUAAUUAACGCAUCAGACUUUUUUAAGCUGACAUACACGAUGAAAACAGGCAAAGAAAAUACACACUACUUUGCCCGAGUUGUACCACAACUCGACGCAAUGCGUGAAGCAAGACUCGUAAGGGAGGGGAUCGAGCGACAAGGAACACCAGAAGGGUUAAAAUUGAAUGUUGUCAUGCUUGGCAUUGAUUCUGUUUCCGCUGCGAGUUUUCGUCGCAAAAUGCCAAAAUCAUUAGAUUUUCUCAAGACAUCCCUGAAAACUUUCUUCAUUUCUGGACAAACUGUGAUUGGUGACGGAACAACACCCGCGUUGACAGCAAUGCUCACGGGCCUGUACGAGACGGAAGCUCCAGAAGGCCGUCAAGGGUUCGACAACAGCGCUCCUGUUGAUAAUUGGCCCUGGUUAAUGAAGUUGUACAAGGAGCAUGGGUACGUAACGAUGAUGGCUGAGGAUGACCCAAUAAUGGGCGCUUUUAACCUGAGGCUCAAAGGCUUUAAGGACCCUCCAGCGAAUCAUUACGUUAGGCCCUUUUGGCUUGCGCUGGAAGAAAACAACGAAAGAGACGAGCCAGGGCUGUGCUCGCGUUCAACAUUUAUGACAAAUUUCACUUUGGACUACGUUCUCAGCUUUUUUACAGCGUACCCCGAUAAUCUUAAAUUUGCAUUUGCUUUCAUGAGUUACCUGGCACACGCCCACCCGAAUCACCUCAGUUUCGCAGAUAACGACCUUUUGCGAGUACUUCGCACAUUUGUCAAACACAAGUACCACGAAAACACCGUGAUUGUUAUAUUUGGAGAUCACGGCUCACGAAAUGAUGACGUCAGGAACACGAUGCAGGGAAAACUGGAGGAGCGGUUACCCUGGCUAUCUAUAUCAGUGCCUGAAUGGAUUGAAGAAAAAUACCCUGAUAUAACCUCGGCAUUAAAGCAAAAUGAAGACAUUAUAUCAACUCCAUUUGAUCUACACGCCACCCUUCAUCACGUAUUGACCUAUCCGAAGGAACCACAAGGAGAGAAGACUCAAAGCUUGUUUACAACAUUGAAUUACUCAAGGACUUGUGGUGAGGCAGGUGAGCAAAAAUUAAAGAUAAAAUAUCCGGCAAAGCACGUUUCGCGCAGAAUAUAAAAUGAAAAAGUCUUAAGUUGGGUUAAGCGUUACAUUUAAAAUGUAGUUCAGACACCCUACAAAGGCUACCGUAUGUUCACCCUUGUACUAUACCGAACAGCUUUUGCUCCGCCACGAAAAUCAUACCGGAUAGGGUUUCUGUUCACACAUAAGAACGGUGAUUUUAGCGCGAUUUCUGCGCCGCGUUGAUCUCGACAGUAGAGCGUCACAUAUUGGAUAGGUUUUCUGCCGCAUUUUGGUGAACAGGCUCGGACCGUAGCGGAAGUGAAAAAAUAUUGGAAAGGGGACUGGAAGCUUUUGGGACGGAAGUAAUAAUUCAGGAUUGAGGAUGGGAGUGCUGGAGUAUGAGCUAAUCUUCUCCAAAGAGUUUCCUUUUGUUUCAGACUACAUUCUGGUGAAUGCGUUCUCAGCUUUUUCUGUGAGAACGAAAGUUGACUUUCUUGAUCGCAGUUUAGGUGAGGCACUAAAUUAGUCAAUAUAUAUUGCAAAAUUUAGUAAAUAGCGUUUAAUUAUUUUGUUGUCCUGAAACAGUUUUAAUUGAGUGUCGUAAGUGAUUUCGCUUAGGAGCUGACUUCGUUUUUAUUGAAAAGUGCGGACGCACCAUGCAACAACAACGCAGGCCAUUGAAGCUGCAUCAUUGAUGUGUCCAAUCUCGCACCCUAAUUGCAAACACGACGGCGACUUCACGUUUUUCUACUUUUUCAUCUUUAUGAUUUCAGGUGCUUUUCGUUAGGUAUAUACGGGCGUCAUGUUUGAUUUUUUUAAUGCGGUAUCAACUUAAGUGCUAUUGCGCAAAAAGUUUCUUGUUAUCUCCUAUCAACCACGUCGACGACAGCGCCACUGAAAACGUUGCGCAUUAAAAAAAAAUGUUCAAACGUUAUCCCGGCUAUUUAGACCCGCUCUAUUUGUCAAAUGUGGGCGAAUUUUUGUCCUGGAGUUGAAAUCUCAAGCACUGUAUAUGAAGGGAAAAUAGGUCAUUUGCAUGAUGACGUCAUUUUACUACUACGACCACAAUCCUUCAGGACUUUGCUUUCUUGUGCAAAUUAGGGCUUUUUGUUAUCGAAACCUCACUGGGAUUACCAAAUUAAAAUAUGAAAGGAAAAACGAAAAGUAUUCUGGUCGUAGUAGUAAAAUGACGUCAUCGUGCAAAUGGCCUAUUCGUAGUCUUUUGUUCACGACGUCGUAGUCGUGCAGUGGACGUCAAGGAAAUGUACUAAAAAGUGUGAUGUUGUUUUGCUCAUAAACCUUCUUUUCUUUCUUUUUUUAUUUUUGACGUUGUGGUCGCCGUAGCCAUCGUGGUUGCUUAAGCUCUCUAUCCACGCUUGUCGUCACUGUAAUUCACACUUAUUUCCUUUUUUAGGUAUUGAUGAACAUUGGUGUCCCUGCCUAGAAUUUCGGAACAUAAACAUUACAUCUCCGCAUGUGAUUGGUGGAGCGGAAAUGGCUGUCAAAUAUAUCAAUGACGUCAUCCUGAACCGCACGGACUUGCUUCGCACGUCAUGCGUGCGCAUCAAACUGAAGAAAAUCCUAAAAGCUGAACACUUCAAGCCGAACGAAAAGCUUCAACGAUUUAGCUCCACAAACCAGGAUUCAGAUCGCGCCGUAAAUUUUGACUCACCAACUGCAGAUAGUGCUCACUAUAGAAUUAAUUUCAUGACUAGCCCCGGUAACGCGUUUUUCGAAGCCACGGUAGCCGUUCGUGAAGAUAAAAAGGUGAUUGUGAAUCCCAAUAUAAGUAGGACAAAUGUCUACGGUGAUCAGCCUAGAUGUAUUUUGCGCAAAUAUCCUUACGCUAGAAAAUUUUGCUACUGCAAAGAAACCAUGGCGAGAACAUGA